AUGGCUGGCUCGACCGCCCCAAAACGCGCACCGCCGGCGCCGCUCGACUCGCUGCAGCGCCUCGGACCGUCCGCAGCCGCGCCGAAGCAGGAGGCGACGGUCGUUGCAGCGGAGGCGUCGCCGAGCGCGGCGGCGGCGCCGAUGGACGAGGCGGAGGACGAGUGGGACGCCGGCGCCCUGACGCAGCCCUACGACGCGGCGCCGAGCGCUCCCGCGUCGCCGGCGCGCGCGCCCGAGGAGGCCGAAGCGCCGAGCGUCGCGGCGUCGCCGCCGCGCGCGCCGGCCGAGGGCUUGGCGGCGGCCGCCGAGGGCGCGUCUCCGGGCGCUUUCGCGGCGCCGCCGCGCGCGGCGGCCGACGAGGACGCGGCGCCGGCCGAGGACGACGCGGCGCCGGAGGAGGCCGCGGCGCCGGCGCCGCCCGACGCGACCGCGCCGCCCGACGCGACCGCGGCGCCGGAGGAGGCGCCCGCGGCGGAACCGGCCGCGGCGCCCGCGGGCGGCGCGGCCGCGCGGCGCUUCGCCGUGGGCGACGUCGUCCGCGUCGCGGCGCGCUUCGGCGCGAACGAGAACAAGCCCGGCGGCGUCGCGCGCGUCACGCGCGCGGCCACGGAGGCCGGCCGGCACGUCGUCGACGUGUCGUACGUCCUCGGCGGCCGCGAGCGGGGCCUCGACGCGGAGGCGCUCGUCGAGCCCUACGCGCUCGGCGACGACCGCGCGAAGCGCACGGCGAAGAUCCAGCGCUUCGUCGAGGACGUGGGCCUGCCCCACGCGCGCGCCCGCCUCGGCCGGCUCCGCGCCACGGCGCUCGCGGUCGACGUCGCGGCGUCUGGUGUUGUGGAUGCCACUGUGGUCCGCGCGCUCUGGGACCGGCUGCGCGCGGCGGCGCCGACGCUCGCGGGCGACGACGCCUGGGACGCCGGGGACGCGGGCCGCGCCUUCGCGGAUCUGCUCGUCGCCGCGGCGUCCGCCGAGGACGGCGUCCGGCGGAGAAGGCUCGUCGGCGACUUCCGCCAGAAGUGCCGCGGCGCCGUCGACGCCGCCCGGGCCGCCGGCGGGCCGCGGGCCGCGGCCUUCGUGUGCGCCUGCGCCGCGGCGGCGCUCCUGGCGCUUGUGAGGGAAAAUCUCGCGGACGCGGACGGCGGGUUCGUGCGCGCGGCCAAGGCGGCGCACGACGCCGCGGGCGGGGACGCGCCCGGCGCGCACGAGGCGGCGUUGGACUGCUGCGGCGUGCUCGCCGACCUGAGCGCGCGGCCCGACGCGGCGCGGGAGGGCGCCGCGUGGCUCGCGGACUUGGUUCAAGCCGCGGCGAAGCGGGGGCGUCGCCGCGCGGCCGACGCGGCGGCGCGGCGCCUCGCGGCGGCGCUCGCCGGCGGCGCGCUCGCCGGCGACCACCGGCGGCUGGCGGCCUGCGUCGUCGCGGCGGCGUCCGCGGCGGCGAUCGCGCCCGACGGCGCCGCGCGCGCGGCCGCGGCCGCGCUGGCGCCGAUCGUCGACGCGGUCGCCGCGGCGGCCGCGGGCGAGCGCGUCGCGGACCCGGCCGCGGCCGUGGACUGGGACGACGUCGACGUCGACGCGGUCCUGGCGUCGAACGCGGCCCGGGACAGGCGCCGCGGCGCCGCGCGCGCGCUCGUCCGCGCGGGCGCCGUCGCCGCGGCCGGCGACGCCGCGGCGGCCUUUGGGGCCGCGGAGCCGUGCCGCGCGGUCGUCGACGCGCUCCUCCACGCGGGCCUCGCGCUCUGGGCGGCGCGCGACGACGACCUCGGCGCCGCGGACGCCGCGCGGCGCGCGGCGGCCGCGCUCGCGGAUUGCGCGCGCCGGCUCGGCGCGGAGGCCGCCGCGACGCUCGCGGUCGCGCGCGACGAGCACCCCUGGGCCCGGGGGCUCCUCCCGGGGGCGUAA